AUGUCUGUCGAAACAAUUACCACCAUCUCCCCCUCCACCAACCAGCCCGUCCUCACUCGGACGGGCGUCACUGCCGACGAACUACAGCAGAUUCCACAGCUCGCCCAGGAGGCGUUCCGAUCAUUCUCUCAGUCGACUACGCUGGAACAGCGUCAGGAAAUCGUCACCCGCGCAUUGGACAUCCUCGAGAAGAAGAAGGAUGAGCUGGCUCUGGAAGUCACGAACCAGAUGGGCCGGCCCAUCGCCUACACCGGCGUGGAAGUCAUGACGGCUAUCAGGCGUAGCCGGUACCUGACAAAGAUCAGCAGCUCGGUCCUCGGGAAAGAGGGCAUCGUGCCCGGGGAGGAAGAGAAGGGAUUCAAACGCUUCAUUAAGCGCAAGCCCGUCGGUGUCGCAUUGAUCAUCUUCGCUUGGAACUAUCCCUACUUGAUCUCCGUGAACAGUAUAAUCCCCGCAAUCCUGGCCGGCAAUGCCGUCAUCCUGAAGCCCUCGCCCCAAACCCCCACUAUUGUCGAACAGUUCACCAACGCCUUCGCCGAGGCCGGUCUCCCAAAGAACGUCAUCCAGUACUUCCACUGCGGCUCGCCCACCACCCUCGAGACCAUCGUCCGAUCCCCGCUCGUGGACCACAUCUGCUUCACGGGCUCCGUGGCCGGCGGCCUAGCGGUCCAGAAGGCGGCCUCGGACCGCAUCGUGAACGUCGGCCUCGAGCUCGGCGGCAAGGACCCCGCGUACGUCCGCGACGACGUAGACGCCGCCUGGGCGGCGGAGGAAGUGGUCGAUGGGGCGAUCUUCAACAGCGGACAGAGCUGCUGUGCCAUCGAGCGGGUCUACGUGCACCAGAACAUCUACGACACCUUCAUCGCGGAGGUCAAGAAGGUGCUGAGCAACUACCGCGUGGGCGAUCCCCUCGACAAGCAGACGCAGAUCGGACCCGUCAUCUCCAAGCGCGCCAAGGAGACCGUCGCCGCCCACGUCGCUGACGCUAUCCAGAAGGGCGCCCGUGACGAGACCCCGGCUAACGCCACGUUCGAGAACCCCCCGCCCGCCGGCAACUACGUCAAACCGACGCUGCUGACGGGCGUGACCCACGACAUGGUCGUCAUGACGGAGGAGACCUUCGGGCCGGUGAUCCCCGUUAUGAAGGUCAGCGGCGACGAGGAGGCCGUGAAGCUGAUGAAUGACAGCGAAUUCGGACUGACGGCCAGCGUGUGGUCCAAGGAUGUUGCUAAGGCGGAGGAGCUCAUCGAGGACAUCGAGGCCGGAACGGUCUUCAUCAACCGAUCGGAUUACCCAGCUCCGGAUCUGGCAUGGACGGGAUGGAAGAACUCCGGUCGGGGCGUGACGCUCAGUAAAUUUGGCUUCGAGCAAUUCGUCAAACUGAAGAGCUACCACGUUAAGGACUACCCGAAAUGA